UAUUAUGAAAAUAAAGCAUAGUCUUAAAAUAGAAUAUAGAUUACUGUAUCUAUAAAAAUACAAAUAUGAACAACAUACGGCGAAAGAAAUAUAUCCACGUCUUGCUCUGUCUUUGUACUGUGAUCACGAUGAUUUGUAUUGCACAAUUCUGCACAAAUGGACGAAAUAUGGCGAUAUAUCACAUUGGACCAAAAAUGGCAGAAGUCGUUUUACCUGCUAUAUUACGUUACACCAAUAACAAUAUAAAAGGCAAUGAAAGUUGUCCUUAUAAACAACUAUACCCUCGGACAAAACUCAACGUCUACGAAGGUGCAAUUACAGAAUGGAAUGGGCUAAACAGCAAACAAAAGUCUGCGACACCGAGAAAUAUACAACCCUUAUGGAUAAACCCAAAAAUAAGACUCAAUCCGGAGAAAUAUUUAUUGGUUAUACCACGAGGUGGACCUAAUAACCAGAUGUAUGAACUGAGAGAAGCCUUGUUUAUUGCUAUUAAAUUAAAUAGGACGAUUGUGAUGCCCAAGUUCUUCAAGCAUUUUACUGACAGUCAAGCGACAGGACAUCGAAACACCUAUAUUCAUCCUAGCCAUAGACUUGACGUUGAAAACUUCUGCAAAUUCGCAUCCUGUAUCACCAUUGACCAAUUUGCAGAAACAUGUGGAUUCAAAGUGGAUGCCGUUAUACAAAUGAGAAACUAUUCGAAGGAAGAUCUCAAAAUACAGGAAAAAUAUAUGCGAAUGCCAUUACCUCGAGAUGGGGAGUAUUUGAGUCAAAGCGUUGCUAUUCCAAAUGGAAAGGUGCAAAAGUAUAUUGUGACCGACGAAAUAAAUGAAAUUUUUGAAACUGACGCUCGAUGUUUGGUUUUUCCAUACCCUCUUUUCAAUUUGAGGAUUAGAGCGAGUAAGACGGAGAAAAAAGGAAAAAACAAAAAAUACAAAUUCAGUCAAUCAUUAGUUAAUCUUGAAGAUUCUCCUGACGUGUUGCUGAUGAAAGAAAUUAUAAAACUCACGAGAAAUCCAACGUACAUUGCAAACAUGGCAAAAGAAUAUAUUUCAAAAUCUAUAUUCAAAGGGCGGCCAUUCAUUAGUGUUCAUUGGAGAUACGAAGAACUCGACUUUAUGAAUAGGUGCAGAUUUGAUUUGAAAAAAGGAAAUUUGUCGAAAGCCCGAAAAAAAUUUUGUGAAAAGACAUUGGGAGUAAGCGGAAGUGACAUUGCAGACAUCGUACUCAAAAAGAUAUUAUCAAUUCGAAACGAGACCAACGUACGAGAUAUAUACAUAGCAUCACCGCCAUCUGAGAGAGAGAAGAUUGCAAACACUUCAAGAAUAUUGUUCGAGAGUCACAAAUUCAACACUCUUUCUUCUCCUGAUCUUGAAGCUUUUAUAACUGAACAUCAUGGUUCUUGUGGAAAUAUAAUGAAGCAUUUCAACGAUAUUUUGUCAACAACGGAAAUGGAAAUAUGCUCAAAGGGAAUUGUAUUUUUGAGUUCAGCGACGUCAACUUGGUCUUUGAACGUGAAGCAUUUGAGACUGACGUCAGACGCAAAGAACCUUUUGUGUCAAUAUGAUGAACCAAUGUACAGCUGACAUACGGUGCUGACCGGAGUCUAAAAACCGGGAAUAUUUAUGCGCUACACUGUGAUGUACUGACCGGAAAAUCGAUGUUAAGAACAUAUUUUUCCAACAACUAUGAUAUGUAGAAGAAUAUGUGCAGUCUCUUUCGAUAAGUUUUUUGAAGAUAUACCGGAAUCGUAGUGGUAUUUUGAGAUUGCUCGGAUUAGGAGGCGCAGUUUUUACCACUUCAUGGCAGCUCCUGCCAUGAACGAACCGCGGCAGCUCUUGCCCUGGUUUUAUAGCGCUAUUCAGUAAUCAGUAUUGACAGUAUAUUCACAAAAUAUUGUACCAGAUUUUAAUUGAUUAUGCGGAAUUAUAUCUACUUGAAACCCUAACCCCAAAUCCACCCAAACUGCAAUCAUAAGAAAAACGGUCCAACUUACCCAAUAUUUGUCACCAUAAGGGACAGUCCUGUUUUUACGGCCCACCUGCCUUGGUAACGGCAGCAAAAUUUUACCUGCCAUUGGUUUUUAAUUUGCUGCCGCGGUAAUGUCAG